UUUGGUUGAAGACAAUGUAAACCAUGAUGUAAACUGUCUUCUUGUUUCACAUCGGACCCAUUAGGCGACAUUACGUUGUCAAACAACGCUUAUUCCAUCAUCUUCAUAACCACAACUCAUAGUUUAUUUAUUUCCUUGUAUCAGUACAUCUCAAUUUCGGCGAAAGUAUAUCCUCUCUGUUGGAACAAAAGCUCAUCAAAUCGAUUUCCCCUUUCGAAAAGUGCACUCCACCCGAGCUUUUAUUCACAAUGUCAUUACUCUUCGAACCGAGUUUCGUUAUCAACUUCCUAGUGAGCUACUUCUCAGUUGUCGCGCGGCUCAAUUAUGUCACCGUCUUGAACUGCUGGGACUUGAAAGAUAAUAGAGAUUUGAUUGCUAAUCUGUCCAGUGUCGUGAAGUUCGUUCAUUUAGUCGAUCUUAACGAUGCAACGUUGGAUUUGGAACAGCAAGCUGAACGGAUAGUUUCGAGAAAUCAAAUUAACUUGGGGGUGUUCAUAGAGUAUGGAUGUCCUAUGAGUAGACAAAUGAUUGUUGAGUGUGCCAGCAGAAGAUGUUUCACUUCAACUACUCACUGGGUGAUGCUGGACAGGUAUGUUAAUAGUUCAGUAUUUACGGCAAUGGAAGACAUUGAUCUGUACGUGGAUGCUGAAGUGAAGAUACUCGGAAGGCAGAAUGAGACGGAACUUAAUCUGUACGACGUGUACAACAAUGGAUUAUCACUAGGAGGAAAAGUCAAAGUUUCGUUCGACCGUGAAGUUCAUGAAGAUCUAAACGGAAAAGUUGUGAUUGGGGAGAGUGCACUUGCAUCUAAAUUGAAAUACCAAAAUCGAGAUGAUUUGUCCGAUAUAACAUUUAAAAUUGCAAUGGUAUCGCAGUCGUUUCCCCAUACAAAUGGUGGUUUCGGCCACAUUUUGGAGUUUUUCGAAUCGUACAAACAACCAGAAGCGGAUGUUGCCGCUCGUAUUGGAUACAUGUUGCUGAAAGCAAUCCAAGAAACAUUAAAUUUCCGAAUCGACUUCGAACACUACAGGCAAACACCACAAAAUGAGUCAGAGAAAAGCUUUUAUGAGGCUGUUCAGGAUCGAAAGGUAGAUUUAUCUAUUUUUGGAGUGGCGAGUAAUCAUAUGGCGGAUCUAACUUGCUUGCAGAGCUUUAUGGCCUAUCGAUCAAGUUUCAUUUUCCGCACACCUAUAACUAACAGCCUAACGAACAAUAUUUUUACUCAGCCAUUUGCAAAGGAAACAUGGUUAACAGUAGCGCUGACAGUUAUGCUUGGAGCCGUGGCAGUAAAGAUCAACUUUUUCGCGGAAGAACACCUGGAGCAGGAUAACGAGUAUCAUGAACAUUACUCGCUGUAUACCAUGUUUAUGGAAACGUUGGCCAGCUUCUGCCAGGAGGGAUGUGAGUUCAUCAACCGAAGUUCACCCGGACGGUUAUCUCAGAUGAUGCUGUUCGUCUGCUCGUUAGUGGUGUUUAACUAUUACAGCUCGGGAAUCUUCUCCAUUUUGAUGCAAGGACCACAAAAGUCCAACAUUAAGACCUUGACUCAAUUGGCCGAUAGUCGACUCCAGGUUGGAAUUGAUGGCACUGUCGAUGUAGAGGAAUUCUUCAUGAGAUCAACACAUUCUGACAUUCAGCAAUUGGUGGAGAAGAAAGAUUUGAGAGAAAAUUUCAAUUUGGACCCAGCUUAUGGAAUAUAUCAAGUACGAAGUGGAACCCUCGCAUAUCACUGUGACAGAAUGGUUGCGUACAACGUUAUUCGCGAUUCGUACGACUUCAGCGAGAUGUGUGACCUCAACGAAAUCGAAGUAAUGCCUCCUCAGGGGGUAGGUCUUCUCAUUCGAAAAGAUUCCCCUUUCCGCGAACUGCUAAACAUCAGACUAGCACGGCUUCGCGAAACGGGAGCAUUCAGUCGAUUUUCUAAUCUGUGGAUUACCAAGAAACCGGAAUGUCUGGUUACAAGUGUGGUUUCCAGUGUCAGCAUGGAGGGAGCUUUUCCCAUAUUUUUGCUGUUGAUUGCUGGCACGAUCGCUGCAUUCAUGGCAUUUGCUCUGGAGAAUGGGCUUUUCCGCGCUAGCGGACGUCACUUUGGGUCGAGUGCUUCUCUUGAAUGAAGGGGUGAUUAUCAUGAUUUUGAAGACGAAUGUAGUUGUUCAAAGGAAUAAAUAAACAGACAAGCAAAUUAGGAUCAAACAAGACAGUUCUCAAUGGGAACUGCAAUUUGUGCAAUUUGCGACUUUAAGAAAAAAAAAAAUCUUGUUGCAUUUUGUUUAGAAUGUCAUCUGACUUCCUGAUAGUCGGCUUGGGUGGGAAGAAGGCUAAGCAAAUGAGUAAUCGGGGUCAUGCAGGCGCGGUCA